AUGACAAGGGAAUCGAAGUAUGGCGGUGGAACUAUGUAUUGGGUGGAGACGGCCGUGAAAGGCCAAGCCCAUGGAAUCUUGGGCGCCGUGCCGUCAGCUUCGCCCAGCCAACCUGCAGAGAAUGAGAUUGCCAAAGCUUUGAGACUGUCAGGCUUUCCCGAAGUAGAGAAACCGAUGGUGGCAUCCCAGCACGCUACCAAGGUUUUAGGUGGCAUACAAAAACGGAUUGUGAAGUUGCAUGAGCUGUCCGACAAAAUCAAUGCAAUCCAUGGAGAACCCAGUGACCUUCUGAAAAGGAUGAAGGAGAAGAUUGACGGCUUAAAAUCGACCUUGACCAAGAAUGUUGAUGAGCUGAAUGGCUUCUACAGUGAUGGCGUGGUGGAUGGAUUUACUGAACAGUGCAGCGAAGCUUUGAUGUUGGAGCCACGUGCCAGGUCUCUGAUUACUGAGCAUGAGAAGCAACGCCGCAGAGCUUUGGCCGACCAGCAGCAGCAGCCGCCCAGGAAACGGCUCAGAACAGACCAAGGAACCCCCAAGUCCAAGGCGAAGGCAAAAGCCAAAACGGCGCCGAAGCCUGCCACCAAAAAGCGCUCCACCAAAAGGGAGGAGGACUAG